AUGCGUCUCGUCAUAAAGCGUCCAGAAGACAGCGACGCUAAUGCUGUUGAUCAACAGGCAGUACACCUGUUGCCAUGCAAGAUCCACACACGCAAACCAGGUGGCGACUGCCAGACGUCGACAGCUCCAGUCGACCGAUACUUUUGUCCAUACAUCAAAGCAGCAACAGAUGAUAAAGCCGCAUUGUGGCACUCGUCGUUGCGUGGCAAGCCGUUGACGGGUGUCAAGCUCAGCAUGCCCGAUGGCUAUGUUGGUGUACUGUGCGUUGGCAAGGAUAACGACGGCAAUGGUAAUGAGAUCGAUGGUUCUACAGUGGCAGUGGAAUCGAUUGCUGGUGAAGUAACUCAAGAGCUGAUGUACUGGAAUUGGGACCGUAUUCCAACACGUGAAGACCCGCUGCUAUCAGCACUUGACUGGAUGCGGGUGUCUGAAGCCAUCAUGACCCACAACGACUGA